UAUCGGCUAUCGUCGACUCAGGUAGGUAUUGUAAUUCGUACCUUACAUCCACCCAAGGUAGCUUCUUUAUCCAGGACCGGGCCAAGCUUUACCUAUACCUAGUAAAUUUCAACUUAUACCUCCAGGCAAAUAACGGUCAAGCAAUCGCGAAUCUGUAGCUUUGGAUAGGUUCAUGCGUAACCUUUAAGCUUCAAAAGCUUGUACUUUUAUUUGUAACUUAUCUUAUUUUGUCUCAUAUAGUCAUAUAGUCGGCUGACAGACUUGGCCCCUGAUGUCACCUUCUUGGAUUGGUCGCCUGCCAUGACAGAAGCACAGCCCAGCUUGGGCGACAACGACACCAACACCGACGCCAACAGUAACGACGCCAACAGCAUUAGUGACCACGACAGCGCUAUACCGAAGACCGGUGUUGAUGAAUCGGAACAUGAUAAUAUUUCUGAGCACCCCGAAGCGCAUCAUUCUAAAGAAAACGGAGACGCAACAAUAGACACAAAGGAUACCAGCGAAGACGAUAGUGAGGCUAACAUCGAUGGAGAUGAUGGAGCCGAAGUUGAAGAAGAUGGUGAAGACAAUGAUGACGGAGGUGAGUAUGAAGAUGAAGAUGAUGACGGGGACGAGGACGAGGACGGGGACGGGGACGAGGACGAGGAUGAAGAUGAAGAUGAAGAUGAAGAACCGAAAUUAAAAUAUGCCCGCUUGACGCAGCACAUGGGCGCCGUCUAUAAGAAUGGCGACGCUACUAGCACAUUUCUCGUCGCGGGAGACAAGAUGAUAGUCGGAACACACAAUGGAAAUGUCCAUGUUAUCCAACUACCAGAUUUCCAAUCUCUGCUUGUCUACCAAGCUCAUACCGCCUCCGUUACGAGCAUUUCAAUAUCUCCAUACCCACCACCCUCUAUCCCGCCGACCCUUAAACCCGAGGCUAUUAAUAGGGUCGUGUCGCAAGCCCUCAACCGACCUUCCUCUAACCAUUCAGACUCGCCACCGGGCAGCCGACGGAGAUCGCGCGAGUUGCCGCAGGUUCCUAAUAUCCCCUCAAACAACAUAUUCAUCGCAACCUCUUCCAUGGAUGGGAAUGUGCGUGUCCAGCCCCUCAUCGAGCUUCGAGACGUGCAGCUGAGGAAUUUUGCGCGACCAGUUCAGGCCGUGGCUUUGUCACCAGAUUUCAGGAAUGAUAGGACAUACUUGUCUGGUGGCCUUGCUGGUAACCUAGUCCUUACAGUUGGUGCGCCUCAAGGGCGAAGUACAUCUUCGACUACGGGAACGGCUGCUGCUGCCGCGUCCGGUUGGCUGGGAAGUAUUGGAAUAGGUGCGAACACUGGGAAGGACUCUGUCCUCCAUUCGGGGGAGGGGACUAUCAGCACGAUCAAAUGGUCUUUAUCGGGAAGAUAUGUUGCCUGGCUAAACGAGCAUGGUAUCAAGAUUAUGCGAACAAAGUUGCAUCUGGAUACUGCAGACGCAGAAGAUGCUUGGAAGCGAAUAGGGCAUAUCGACAGGCCGCAAACUGACGAAUGGGAAGAAAUGGCAGGCGUAUGGAAAGGUAGGGCAGAAUGGAUCGACGACCAGGCAGUUACAAGCGACGAGGUAGACAAGGAAGGCGAUCUGCCAGGCGCUUUAUCACCCGCCGCCGCGAAACUAAGCCAGCAGGCGCAAAGGCAUGAAAAGAGCAUCGAACGGCUACUGGUUGGAUGGGGUGGCACGAUAUGGAUAAUUCACGUUCAUCCAGGAGGUGUCGGUGUGGGAAAGAAUGCGGGGGAGAGGUCUAUUGGUAGAGCUGAGAUUGUGAAGAUUCUUCGUAUGGAUUGCAUCAUAUCCGGUAUUUCAUUAUAUACCCAAACUCUUCUUUUAGUUCUUGCAUACUGCAAACCGGAGGACGAAGAACAGGAACCUGUCAACCCAACAAGCAAAAGUGAACCAUCUGGCGGGAUAAGACGCCGUCACAAUGCUCAACCACCCGAAUUGAGAUUGAUCGACCUCACCUCCCAAGCUGAGGUUGACAAGGAUAGUCUCACUGUAAGUCGGUUUGAGGGACUUUCUUCCAAUGAUUAUCAUCUAGGCAUAUUACCCGCAAGUAGAGCCGCUUCUGUUGUAGCUUCUCGGGGGGCCCUAGAGGCCUUGGCUGGUUUUGGUACCGAUAUGUGGAAUGCUGCUAUCAAUCCGAAGUCGCUUUUUAGCUCCGGUGCAAGCAUCAUAAGUCGAGACAGCAACGAUGCCGCGUCGAGUCCUAGGGGUGGUAAUACUGGGGGGAGUGUACGAGCCAGUCUAAAACCAACGUCCCGGACAGUCCAUCCUAAUCUCAUCAAACCCGGGGCUAAGAUAUUCAUUCAUAGCCCGUAUGACUGCAUUCUUGGUACAAAAAGAGAUCUUGGUGAUCACUUGGAAUGGCUUAUAGAACACCAAAGUUACCAGGAUGCGUGGGAGUUAUUGAAUGACCACCCUGAGAUCAUGAACGGCUCCACUGAAAGGCCGCCGGAGCUUGCCCCAUCAAGUCCCGAACGAAGGCCAUCAACGACGGACGAUUUUUACGAAGACACUUCGUCUCUAAUAGACGACCAUAUUAGAUUUAUGAAUACCUCUGCGGAGAAAGAAAAACGCAAAAUUGGCGAGCUUUGGCUCCAGGAGUUGGUAGAAAACGGAGAUUGGGCUGGUGCUGCUCGAGUUGCAGCAAGAGUGAUAAAUACACCUCACCAAUGGGAAAACUGGAUAUAUACUUUCGCCGGGGCGAAUAGAUUUGACGACAUUGUCGAUUAUGUGCCAUCGGAACCAAUGCGGCCACCCAUCCCAGGGACAGUAUACGAGGUUAUGUUGGGACACUACAUUCAAACUGAUAGACCCCGGUUCAAGGAAUUACUUGACCGUUGGGGGACAGAGCUCUUCAACGUCAAUGAGGUUACCAUUGCACUAGAAAACCAGCUCAAAUUCCGGGAUGUAAGAGAAGACAGCGUCGAAGGUGGGGAGAAAGGACGUGACUGGCGAAUUGUAACGGAAAGUUUAGCCAGACUUUACGAAGUUGAUGGGAGGUACCGGGAAGCUCUCAAGGACUAUAUUAAGCUUCAAGAUGCAGAUUCUGCAAUGCGCCUAAUAAAAGAUAAUCACCUUGCAGAAGCCGUCAUCGAUGACGUCCCUAGCUUUAUCGCGCUUAGAGUCCCAGAAGCGGAACUAAGCCGAAUGAGCAUCCCGGAGCUUGAAGAAGCUACGUCGGAAGCUAUCGCCUUACUUGUCGAUGAGGCAGCUCGAGGCCUCAUCAAACCGGAGGUUGUAGUCGAGCAAUUAGAGGCAAGGGAUCUGAAUCUUUACCUCUAUUUUUAUUUCCGCGGUUUAUGGCAGGAAUACCGAGAACGGCCCGUCGACGAAAGUGUGUCUUUGGUCGAUAAUUUUGCUGAUUUAGCCGUCCACAUUUUCGUGGCUUUUGACCGUACGCUUUUGAUAGAUUUCUUAAAGGUUUCUACCUCGUACAAGUUUGAGAAGGCUGUUGAGGAAUGCGAACAGGCGAAUUUUAUACCCGAACUCGUUUAUCUAUAUUCCAAGACUGGAGAGAUGAAGCGAGCACUAUAUCUCAUAAUCGACCGACUGGGCGAUGUAUCACAAGCUAUUAGUUUUGCAAAAGAGCAGGAUGACCCGGAUCUCUGGGAGGAUCUUCUCGACUACAGCAUGGACAAGCCACGUUUCAUCCGCGCGUUGCUUGAGGAGGUUGGCACGGCUAUUGAUCCGAUUACCCUUGUUCGACGUAUUCCCGAGGGACUUGAGAUCCCCGGUCUUCGGGAGGGUUUGAAACAUAUCAUGAAAGAACACGAAAUUCAAUAUAGCAUCUCGUCUGGCGUAGCGCGUGUCCUCAGAUCUGAAGUAGCUGCAGCCCAGAAUCAACUCCGAAAUGGCCAAAGAAAAGGCAUCAAGUUCGAAGUAUUGGCUCAUGCGGAAGACCAUAUCGAUAUUGAAGUCAAAGACGUAUCUGCCACGCCACGUACAGGUGGCACCGGGACCGGGACACCCAGCGAGACAGUAGAUAAUAACACAUUGGCGGACAAGAAUCCUACAGAUAAGAAACAACAACAACCGGGACACGAUCACAGGGAGUUGAAGCCAGGUCAUUGCGCAAGGUGUCUCGAGCCAUUCACUGAGUGGGAGUCGGAGACACUCGUGGGAUUUGCAUGUGGCCACAUAUAUCAUAUUUCACACCUCCUGGAAUACUUAAACCCAAACCAAGACGUCGAUCCCAACGUAGUUGGGAACGGCGACCAAGACCGGACGAGGGGAGGUCGAUUUGUGGGCAGCAAAGUUACGCAUGCACGGUUAUUAAGAGAUCGCAUUGAAGGCGGCUGCCCAGUGUGUAGGAAUAAGAGACAGGUCGUCGAAGGCGGCCAUGGCUCAUAAUAGAUAUCAACCAU